AUGUCGGGCAUCAAAAUAAAACUUUCCCUCUCGGGUGCGUCCCUCGCUGGGCUCCAGGCGAGCGCAUCCGCCCCGACUGCGACAAGCAAGGGGAAGGGCAAGGUGAGCGUCGGCUUCGACGCUACUGCUGGAACUUCGACGCCAAGUAGUGCAUACUCAAAUGGUCACGUCGCCACCCACAAUGGCUCUGAAUGGGGUAAUGGCUUCCCCGCAUCAGCCGGUCCUUCUCGGCAGUCCAACUCCCUCGGUCCUGCCUUCUCCCCUCACACCCCCGUAUCCACCGCCUCCAAAGCGCCCAAAGGAUCCGGUACUCCUAAAUCUUCCCCCAAACCUAAAGCCCGCUCAAAAGCAAAGAGCAAGCUCGGCCGCCUCCCGAAAUCCCAUACUCAUGCUCGACAGUCCCAAUCCGCCCCAAACCGUCCGACCGCUAUACCCUCGCAUGUAUAUUCUGGACCAUCGACACCACUCGCGUCUCCGGGUCAGAUGGCGCCCCCUCCUUUGCCGUUCAUGACUGGAGGCGCGGGGACACCUUCACCAGCGCCGGAAUCACGGUUUCCUUCCGGCACGGUCUCGCCUGGCGGGUGGGACGAUGUGGAUGUCAAGGAGGAGAUGGAUAUAGAUGGGGAGGGGUACGAGGGGUCUCCGGAUCCGCUGUCCCUGCCGGCUACUCCGGCGGAUGAGGAGGGCAGGACGCCUCAUGGAAGAGGCAGGGCUGCCACGAAGUGGGUCAGGCUAAGGAAACCGCUCAAGGAGUUGUUGGGGAAGAUUAUGGUCGAGCUGAGGCGAAGGGAUGAGUACGCCCUCUUCUCGGAGCCGGUCAACAUUGAGGACUUUCCCACUUACCUCGCCAUUAUCGGCGGCGCCGACAAGAUGAUGGACCUGUCCACCAUGCAGAACAAAAUCGACAAUGGCGAGUACCGCACCAUCGACGCUAUGGAGGCCGACCUCCGUCUCCUCGUAUCCGCCGCCCAGACCUUCAAUCCCGCCGGAACCGUCCCGUACCGCUCUGCCAACACCGUCCUGACCUACGGACUGAAGCAUAUCGAGCGGUACCGCCCACUCGUCAUCACUCCCUCCCCUUCCCCUGUUCGCGAGACCACCAGCACGCCCGGCCGGUUCCAAAGCGUCGACGCGGACGGCGAGCCCAUCGAUCCCACGCCGGUCGAGGUGGAGAUCCCCCCUACCUCGCGCAUUCCUGUUGAGAUGCUCGAGUACCCCUCCAACUCUCUCGUUGGUCUUGCGGUCGGAUGGAACCUCAACGGCGGAAAGAAGGUGUAUAUCAAGCGGGAGCUGCGUACGCGAGAGCGUUUCUCGGGCAAAUGGCGGCACUUCGACUAUGACGGUACGCGGAACCUGGCGGAGAUGGACGAUGUGCAUACCGUGCUCGCUCCUACGGCGCCAAAAACGGCGCGGACCGUCCUUGAUUGGAAAGGUCUGAGGAGGGAGGGUGGAUGGUGGGACUGGCCAGGCGUCGGAGGGGUGUACGGUCAGCCGCCUGUUCCUUUCACGAGAAAUCCCGUACGGCCCCCACUCCCGACGCGCGAGCUGGACGCGAUGGAAUGGGGCGUGUACCCCGAUAUCCAGCAGGAGCGGCUCGAGCACUCGCGCCGGCGGACGCACGAGGCAGCGGGGUCGGGAGAGGUGCUUUCGAGUCAGAGGGUAGUCGAGCUGGGGGAGGAGGUGCUGGACGAACAGCUUCGGCCGACUAUUGUCCGGGACAAGGGGCUGAAGCGGAAGCGGGAACCAGGAGGGGUGGCCAAGGCGGGAGAUAAUGGGUAUAUUAACACGUAUGACGCCAGGCGGCCGGGCGAGUAUUUGAGGGAUAUGGAGGAUGGGGAUCUGAGGGGAGAGGCGUAUCGGACCUCAGUACGGAAAUUCCUAGAAGGGGCACUGGCGAGCGCCAAAUCUACCGGGGAGGCGAAACUGGGCGAGGCGGAGGGCCUUGAGGAGCUCCAGCGGUAUAUCCAACAAGACUAUAAUGGGGGCGUCCUCACUCCGACUAUCGAACCCAUCACCCGCCGGACAGUCUUAUCUCUGCAAAACCUCGCCGACCCCACCUCACCUUCCGCUCAAGAUCAAGAUCAAGAUCACGACCUCAUCCCCUCCUCCCAGAUGCGUCGGAUCGCCGCCUCCUCCCACGCUCGCAUGAACCUCCGAUACCUCCUUCGCGCGGCGAACCCGCUUGACAUCGCGCCGUUCAUUCGGGCACCGCAGGAGUUCGGCCUGCCAAGCACGCACGCGGGGAUGGACGGCGGUCUGAAGUGGGUGUCGACGGAGCUUGAGGCGAUGGACAGGGAGCAGAGGAGGGCGGCCCCGAGUCAAAAGUCGGAGCGGGAGGAGGUCAAGGAAGAAGAGGAAGAGCGGGUUUCACCAGCCAAGAAGGCUCGGACAGGCACGGAAGCGGACACGGACACGGACGGACCAGGUGCCCGCGAGGCAUCAUCUCCCCUCUCGACUGCACCUUCUACACCAAUUCCCGCCACCGCCACCGCCACAUCCACAGCCAUUCCGCUCGACCGUGCAGAACGGCUCAAGGCGAUCCGGCUGGAGAUACUUGCCCUGUGCAAAUUCUUCCCGCUGACGGGUCUCAAGCCGCUCUCCAAGGCGCUGGCGGACAAGAUGUUGCCUGUCAAUGUGAGGGGGUUGUUGUCGGCUCCAGAGUAG